AUGUACAGCGAUGUUGAUAUGGUCUGGUUGCAAGAUCCCUUUACGUAUUUAGAGGGCAGCCAUGACGUGUACUUCACGGAUGACAGAACCGAAAUUAAGCCUUUGAACCACUCUCAUCAUGAUUUACCAAAUGGAUGGCUUAAAAUAUGUAGCUGCACAAUUUUCUUGCGUCCCACAGAUGGCUCAAAGCUUCUCAUGAAGAAAUGGAUUGACGAACUUCAUGUUGGGUCUAGUCGUGUGAUGUACAACGAUGUUGAUAUGCAUGGUGUGGAUGCAAGAUCCGUUUCAGUAUUUAGAGGACAGCCAUGA